AAGGUGGAUGAGUCGCUCAUCAGGCAAGAUUAGUUAUCCUCAGCCGGGAUUUUCGUUUAGAAAAGAAGCACAAGGUAGUGCCCAUCCAGACCAGUCAUCCACGAUCAUAGCUUUUGGGUGUGCUGAAAGCAGACUGUGUGUGUUCUGCCUGCUCCGUGCUCCUGGCUUGACCUAGAGGGCAAGAAGAAAUAAUGGUGACGACAUCCAACAGAACUGGGAUGCUCACGCCCUUCCGCUGCUGAACCCCGGUUACUGCUCCUUUCUCUUCCCUCUGCCCCUUAAUUUCCUUUCCCUGUGGUCCUGAGUUUUGGGGUUGGUUUGUUUCUCUUUCUUUUUAUUUUUUUUCUCCUGAUGAGGGCACCACUGCAGACCAUGAUGUGCCUGGGGUUGUGGGCAGCUGCCCUGCUCUGCUUGUUUUCCCCUGGCACCGUGCGAGGUGACUGUUGGUUGAUUGAGGGGGACAAGGGUUACGUGUGGCUGGCCAUCUGCAGCCAGAACCAGCCCCCGUAUGAGACCAUCCCCCAGCAUAUCAACAGCACCGUGCACGACUUGCGUCUGAAUGAGAACAAGCUCAAAGUGGUGCUGUACUCCUCCCUCAACCGCUUUGGCAACCUGACUGAUCUGAACCUGACCAAGAAUGAGAUCUCCUAUAUUGAGGAUGGGGCUUUCAUGGGCCAGUCAAACCUCCAGGUCUUACAGCUGGGCUACAACAAACUCACCAACCUGACGGAGGGCAUGCUGCGGGGCAUGGCCCGCCUCCAGUUCCUCUUUGUGCAGCACAACCUGAUUGAGCUGGUCACCCCAACUGCCUUCUCGGAGUGCCCCAGCUUGAUCAGCAUUGACCUGUCAUCAAACCGCCUCAGCCGCCUGGAGGGGAACACUUUCACCAGCUUGAGCAAUCUGAUGGUGUGUGAGCUGGCUGGGAACCCCUUCAACUGCGACUGCAGCCUCUACAGCUUUCUUAACUGGCUGGCACUCUUCAACAAUGUCACCAAGAACUAUGACCGGCUCCAGUGUGAGACUCCACGGGAGUUCGCUGGGUACCCACUUCUGGUACCUCGGCCUCACCACAACCGCAAUGCCAUCACCAUCUUCCAGUCCAUGUGCAGAGGUGGCACCAUCCCCUCCCUUUCCAGGGCCAACCCCACUCCUUACACGCCUGACUCCCAGAGAGAUCUAGAUGAAGGCUCAGCCAUCAGCCCUGGUGACUUCCUCUCAGUCAAGCCUCCAGCCUCCUCCACCACUGACUCCUCCUUCAGUCCCAGCAUCAAGCUCCAUGAUGUCACCAUCACCUCAGCCAUUCUGAUGGUAACCAUCCCCAUGCCCUACAGUAAGAUGUAUGUGCUGGUCCAAUACAACAACAGCUACGUUUCUGACAUAGCCACACUGAAAAGCAAGAAAGAAUAUGUCACUGUCAACAAGUUGAAGGCCCACACAGAUUAUACAUUCUGUGUGGCCUCCAUUCGCAACAACAGGCGCUACAACCACACUUGCCUGACCUUUGCAACCCGGAGCAAAGGCAGGGAGGAUCCCAUUUCCAGUACUUCUACCACCACCCAUUAUAUCAUGACCACCCUGGGUUGCCUCUUUGGGAUGGUCAUUGUCCUGGGGGUGGUGUACUACUGCCUGCGGAAGCGGAGGAUGCAGGAGGAGAAACAGAAGUCCCUCAAUGUCAAAAAGACCAUUCUGGAAAUGCGUUAUGGGUCAGAUAUAGAUACCAGUACCAUGGUCCAUCCUUCCCAGAAGCUGGGUGAGCCACCAGUCAUCCCUGUCUCAAGAAUGUCCUCCAUUCCUUCUAUGAUUGGGGAGAAGUUGCCUCCAUCAAAGUCAAUAGAGGCUGGGAUGGAGACUCCUAAAGUCACCACUAAAGGUAACUACAUUGAGGUGCGGACUGGUGGUGGGGAUGGACUGGAGCGAACCCAGCGGGACGAGGAUCUGAGAGAACUUGACAAUGGGCAAGGCUCAGCUGCUGAGAUCUCUACUAUAGCCAAGGAGGUAGACAAGGUCAACCAGAUCAUCAACAACUGCAUUGAUGCCCUCAAGCUGGACACAGCCUCCUUCCUGGGUGGUGGGACUGGUGUUGACUCAGAUAUGGCCUUUGAGUGCCAGUCCAUCCCAGCCAGUUCCUCGGGUGGGCUAGAGCGGCCCAGCUUUCUUUCCCCAGCCUACAAGGAGAGCUCCCACCACCCUUUGCAGCGCCAGCUCAGCGCUGAUGCUGCCGUGGCCAGAAAGACCUGCAGCAUCUCCUCUAGUGGCUCCAUCAAGAGCGCCAAGGUCUUCAGCUUGGAUGUGCCUGACCACCCACCGCUCAGCAAGUCUGACUCCAAAUACAUUGAGAAGGGCAGCCCACUCAACAGCCCUUUGGAUCGUCUUCCUUUGGUGUCCCCAGGUGCCAUCCACCACUUGGAGGUGAAGCCUUCUUACCACUGCAGUGAGCACCGACACUCCUUCCCGGCUCUGUACUAUGAGGAAAGUGCAGACACCUUGAGCCAGAGGGUGUCCUUCCUCAAGCCACUCUCCAGGUCCAAGCGAGACUCCACAUAUUCCCAGCUCUCCCCCAGACACUACUUCUCAGGCUACUCUUCCAGCCCUGAGUACUCAUCAGAGAGCACCCACAAGAUCUGGGAGCGAUUCCGGCCUUACAAGAAGCACCACAGGGAGGAGGUUUACAUGGCGGCUGGGCAUGCCCUGCGGAAGAAAGUUCAGUUUGCCAAGGACGAGGAUCUGCAUGACAUCCUGGAUUACUGGAAAGGAGUCUCUGCUCAGCAGAAGCUGUGACUCUCCCUUGCUCUUUCCAAGGAAAAGCAGAACAAAACAAGACCCCCUCCCCAACAAACCAGAUAAAAAACCCCCAACAAAACAAAAAACAAACCAUGCCACUUGACUGUGAAAAAUAAACACCAACAAAACCCUCCCGUCAAAGACAAAACUGACAGAAUCCUUUCUUAAAGUUUACAACAACAACAGCAAACUCUCUCACACACAGACACACAGACACCCCCCACCCCCCACCCCCAGAUUGUUUCUACUGUGUUAUGGGGACCACUGUUUUGCCUGCAGAUGGUUGGGAGGAGUAUCCUGCUCUGACACUGUGGUAACGGCACUGGAGCGCAGGUGGGUGGGAAUGGCCUGGGAGGAGGUGACAGCAGUGGCAGGGGGAGGGCAGGGGUAGACUCCCACUGGAUAUGAAACAGUUGUGAACUCUUGCUCUUUCUGUUCCUGUUGAGGGCUGGUUCUUCUUUUUGGAUGGGAGGGGAGAGCUUCGGUCUAGAAGGCUUGUCUGCCCACCUGGCACACCUGGUUUCCCAACUCUUCCAUCACUCAUUUUACCCUCAUUUCUUUCAGCAGUGGAGGCCUGGCCCCUUCCAUGAUAGGUGGGAUUUAUUGAAGGAAAUUAGCUGCUUCUUUGCCUUUGCCCUUCCCCACCCUUCUCUGUCAAAGCUCCCUAGGCUUGCACUUUCUGUCUAGAUAUUUCAUGGAGCUCCAUUCUCCCCAGAGGAUGGAGAAGAAGUGUGAAGGAACAAGAGAGGCAAGGACCUCCGUGCAGCAGGCUCUGUGCUCUUGCUGAUCUAACUGGUUUCCUUCUCCUGCCAUGUUGUUGAUGAUGAAUACCAGCAAUUCUGGAGUGACAGAAAUUCUCCAGGUCUGCUCAGAGAUAGUAGGAAUGUGCUCUUUGUCCUGGCAAGCCAAGUCCUCAAGGAGUGGUGGAGGAAAAGACAGCCAGGCCUAGUCUCACAGAGGUGUAAAGGGUUCCCAGCUCUCCACCAGUGUCACAGGUCCAAGAUCCUCCCUACCAUACACACCUGUACUCAGGCUGCCCUUGUGCACUAAGUUUGCUACUUUCUGUUCAUGCUUCCCUUGCUGUAAAGAAGGGACGUGGAGAGGAGCUCAGCAGAAGCUGUUGCAGCUCUUGCCUUGCACCAUGAGGUAUGAGGUGGAUGUGCACAAGGAGAACGUCACUCAGUGUCAAGAAUAGGAUUUGAGUUGCUCACCUCACUGGGUUGAUAGAAAAGCCACAAAGUAUUAUUCCCUUUGAAAAGGCCAUGGACAUUUUGACAUAGAUAGGAGACAGCCUAGGUUGAAGGCAGAAGCACAGGGCAUGAAGGGGAUGCAAGACCGGGGCCUGGGAGUAGCCCAGGAAGGAUGGCUCCAGAAGAGGCUCCCUUUGUGUGUGCAGCCACACUGUGUAUGCUGGGAUUGAAGAGGAUACCAACCUCUGGAUGACAGUAUUCCUUUGAAUACUUGGAGACCCUCAUGAGAGUCAGAGCAACCUAUCACUUCCUAAAUCCUCCAUCUUCUGACAGUUAGCUGUGACAGAUAUUUCUUAGGGAUCCUUUAAUAUCUUACCAAAAAGCCAGAGUAAUUUGCUACGUCCCAACCUCUGUCCCUUGGAUAAAAGAUCUACCACAAAGCUGGGAAUGAGCACACUGCUCUCCCUACUUUCUCCCGUUUCUGAGCAGCCCAACAAAGCACAAUCUUGGUGCCAUCUGACCCAAAGUUUACUUGUGAGGCUGGGGUGCUGCCUGCCGAGCGCACCUUUCUGUAGCACAGCUCCUCUCCAUGAGCUGCACACGCUGCUCAGCUCAGUCAGGAUGAGGGUGAGGGCUUGUGCUAUGCUGGCCUUUUCUAAGUAGCUAUUUUCUUUCUGAGUUGCUCCUUAGAAGCCCCAGCAUUUUGGGCACUCACAGGAGAAUGAUGAGGGUGUAGGAGCUUCUCUGGGAGGGAUUUGCACACUGGGUGUAGAGAGUCUGCCUGUUAUCUGUCAGGUAAUAGCUCUGGCAGCUGUGAGAGCUGGUUUCUAUGCUGCAGGUGACAUGACUUCUUUUUCUGCAAGUUACAAGCAGAACUGGGCAGAACUUGGUGCGCAAAAAUCAGAGGGGGAAUCCCCAAGGUCUGAACCUAUGAAGAUCUGUGGGGUUCCUUCCUUGUAGGGAUGCUGAUAUAAUCCUAAAAUGGGUCCUUAUUGCCUCAGCCUCCCUCACUGUCAGUCUGCUUCCCCACAGUCAAAGCAUCAAUUUGCCUUGAGUCCAGAGGUAUUCCUGGGACUGACUCCACACUGUAAGAACCAUUCCAGGCCAGAGGGAGAGCUGUGCACACACACACAUGUGUGCAUAUGUGCGGGAGAAUGCAGGGAAGUCACAUCACUGCUGCCAGACACUCCUUCAUGUUGGGUCAGUGCAGCAAAUCAAGAAUGGUAAAUGUUGUGGGAGACGCUUAGGCACAGCACAGACCUCUCCAGCUACUAGGAGGAGAGAUCCCAGUGAUCUUCCAGCGUAGCAGCCAUCGAAGCAGGAAAGAACAAUGGCUGGGGUGUAGAACUGGACAGGGAAAAAGAGAUGAUAGGUAUGGGGAGAUGGAGUCCUGUUCCUCUUCCCAUGUCUUCCCUACCUGUGCUUCUCUGCUGCAUGGUCUUGUAAUCAGUCCCAUUCAGCCUAUAUUUUCGAGGGGACCAUUAACUUCUACUGGUUUCUUCUCCUUCUCUCCGUCACCCCAGCGAGGCAGAAAAGAAAGGUGAGGGAUAAAGAUAUCAUCAGGCCCUUCUUUUGCCUGCUGUGGGGUAAGGCUGGGAAGGAGGGAGCAGCCACUUCUCUCCAAGCUGUAGGCCCCCCACUCCAAACCAGUGGGUGAAGUUUGCACAAGACGGACUGUUCUGUGGGAGGAAGAGGGCAAGGGAGGGGCACAAAGAAUCUCCGCUUCCUUCCUCCUCCCUUCUUCCUUGUCCUGCUCCCUCCUCAGGGUCGAGGGCUCACAAAGUGGCUCUAGUCCUGUUGGAGGAAAGCAGAUUUACCAUUCAAUUUGCAUGAUGAUUUUGCUGUAUCUUUUCUGAGCAAACACCUGUUGUGUAUGUACCAGUUUGUUGGAAUUUAACCCCCUCCCCCACAGUCUCUCCUGUCCUUCUCCCUGUUUUCACUGCUCCUUUCAUUCAUCCCUGGUACGAUUUUCUGAAGGCCUCCUACCAGUUUGGCAGGGAACACUCCCUACAGAGAAGCCAACACAAUCAGCCCUAUAAAAAACAUUCCUUCUUUCCAGUCUCCUCCUCCACUUGCCCUAAUUGUGGUCUCUCAGAUGCUUUUCAGGGUCGCGUGUGCGAAGGGGGGGGGUGUUCUAUACCAAAGGCCUGCUCUUUCUAGUGGUCAUAACUUCUCUUAAUUAUUUAGAAACAAAACUGAGGCCCAUCAAGGUAGCUCUCAUAAGAGAGAUUGUCAGUACCAUCCCCAUGCCCUGUUUCCUUUUCUCCCAAAUCCACAAGCAAGGCGAUUCUUGGGGGUACCAGUAGUGCUUCGUCUACAGGGAAGUCUCGGAUACAUUAAAAGCUUGGUGUGGAGCUGGCUGCAGUCCCUUAGAAGACCUCCCACUAUCUCCCUCCCACUGAUUGCAGGGAGCUCUGGAUUGGGUCUGUCCUACCCCUCCUCUCCUGUGGCUAGCCCUGGCAGAGGGCAGGGCAUGCUGAAACCUUUAAGGUCUCUGUGAUGGAAAAAGGAUAGAGAGACUAUCUGAAGAUUCUAAGUCCUCUGUGGCUGUUUUGGCUAAAGUCCCUCAUGCCUGCCUUCUCCCAGGGCAUCCACGGGACAGAACUAGGAUCAGCCCCUUUCACAUUUUCUUUCUAGUUUGAUGGCUCUUGGCACAGAAAACGAGGGUUUAGUUCACCUCACUGGAGAAUAUGGAGGAUAAGGAAUGAGGUUGAGUGUUGACCCCAGGAACAGGCUUACUGGGGGCAGCCUGGGCUGAGUUCCUGUGCCCAGAAGAGCAAAGGUGACACCCUAGUCAUGCUGUUCCCUCGGGGUAAACCUCUUUCCCACCCCUGCUGGUGCUGCCCCUGCUUAUGCUGCAGUACCACGUUCCCCUCUCCCCGUCCUCAGUCUUCCAUACUGAAAAAAAUCCCUCCCGAGGCAGGUGUGAAAUAUUCAUGACUGACAAAUGAAGAUUUAUGUCGGGCUGAGGAGGCCUCUGUGUGUUUGCAAUGCUAAUCAGCCAGCCUUCCUUGAGGAGGCUCUGCCAGGCGGGCUGGGGGGAAGGAGGGGGAAUGCAGAAGCGAGAGGGGAAAAGGAGCUGAGGAAGAGAGAGGAAGGGCAGACACAGCAGAAGUGAGGAAGGUUUGGUGGGACCAAGGAAUGGGCAGGCAAGGAGACAACAGACAGAGGGAUAUAGAGGGAGUGGAGAAGAGGGACAGGUUGGAAAGACCAGGGGAAGGAGAUGACCACAUUGGAAAGAAUGGGAUGCUAAUGGGAAAAAGGGACCAGUAAGAGAAAGAGUUGAGUGCAGGAGUGGAGGCUGCUGGGAGGGGGUGAGGAGUAAGUCAGCAGUGCCUGAAGAAAAAGGCUGGCCAGAAUUCAUGACGAGCUGUGCCCCUGUCUGUAAGGCAGAUCUCAGUGCCACAGGGCGGGCAGCUGCCACAUGGGCAGGAGCUGGACCAGGGGCCCCAAAAGCACAUUUGCCAUGCUUGUUGCUGACUGGAAAGCUCAGGUGCACCUGGAAGGACACGCAGCCUUGGGGAGCCUGGACAAGGCCCCUUCCACUGCCACCACCUCCUUCAACGCAAGCUGCAGGCAAGAAGAAUCUCAUGGAGCUGUGUCCUCUCGCUGGAGCCAGCCUGCUGCUGAUCCGCCGUCUGAGCGCGAGGAAACGUCUUCGGGGUGGCUAGAUGUGGGACGAACACCGAGCGCCACCCUCCCCUAAGCUGUGGGGGUCUCUUGAGUGUUGAGAGAGCCUGCCCCACCUCAGCUGCCCCCUGCCCACCCUGGCUGAGGCAGGUGGGUUUGGGUCUUUCCCAGAGAAGGGCCAGAGCGAGUGUCUGUUGCCUCCCUUGUACACACGCACGCACUCCUGCAUCCCGUCCCUCCAGCCGCUUGGGCCUUCUACUGUGAGGGGCGUCCUCGGUCUGCCUCCCCUCGCCCUCCUCUGCCAUGUGCCGCGGGGAGAUGUCUCUAUACCUCUCUGCGCGCAGUCCCACCGGGGCGGCUCCCUGCGCGGCUGCCCCAACCCACCCCCACGGCCCCGCCUGGAGAGAGGGCAGCCUCCGCCCAGCUUCUCCCUCUCCCACAGGAUGGGCACUUUGUCUUCUCCUCGCCCCGCCGGGAGGUAAAUAACUCCUUCCCCUCUUUACAGUCUCCCCUCCGUCUGCCCCAUCCUUGCGCCUUUGGCUUGGCCUUUGCCUCCCCCGUAACUACCACCGCCACUGUGAGGCCUUGCUCUUGGGUGGCCUGUCCCCACCGCCUGCCCUCUGCCUUCCCUGGGGGGGGAUAAGGUAGAGGCUGGCUGGCUCAGGCCAGACCCUCCAGGGCUGGUACGGCUGGUCCAUCCACAAGCACAGCACCUGGGGCGAGGGGGUGGGAAGGGACAGGCAGCUGCUGGGCACAGAGCCAGGGGUAUCAGCCCUUGAAUGUAAGGAAGGGCCUGGGAGGCAGCUGCUGGGACUGGCUCCUUGUGGCCUCUUUGGUGUUCCUCCUUCUGUAACAACCCUGUGACGCCCCCCCCCACCCCGGUUGUGUAUGGACAAAUUUGAGUUGGAGUUAUGUCCUUUUCUUCUUCUUUCCCCCCUCCUCUUUCUUAUAUUCUUUUAAUGUUUUCUUCUAUCUCUUUCUUUUCUUUCCCUUUUCUUUCUUUCUUUCUUUCUUUCUCUUUCUUUCUUUCUUUCUUUCUUUCUUUCUUUCUUUCUUUCUUUCUUUCUUUCUUUCUUUCUUUCUUUCUUUCUUUCUUUCUUUCUUUCUUUCUUUCUUUCUUUUCCUCUUUUCUUUUCUCUUUCUUUUCUUUCCUUUCUGUGUUUUAAAACUGAAUGGCACGAAAUCGUUUUUCCUCAACUUGGAGAUUCCUGUAUGGAGAAAAUCAAUUUCUAUAUUUGCAAUAAAUUUCUUAUUUAAAAAAAAAA